CAAUUUAAAAAUGUCGGUUUGCUUGUGUUUUGUUUGAAACUUUUGCCACAAGUUAUUUCCACCUGUAUUAUUAUAAUUUUAAAAUAUAUAUCCUAAAGUUUUUAUUACGUUAUAUCAUAGCUGUAUUAGUGCCAUUAACACAAAAUGCCUAGAACUAAGCGGCCUGUGCGAAAACAGGAAAAAGUAGCAGAAGAUGAUGAGACGUUGAAAAAAUUCAACAAAUUAGUUGCUGACCAAAAAAAUAAAAUAGACUCGGAAGCUCAGAUGCAAAUACGCAAUGUUGAGAUUACAUUCAAGAUACUUCUGGGAUCAAUUAGUGCAAAUAAUUUUCAGAAAACAUUGGGACAGCUGAAAACAGAGUUACAUCUCAAGGAAGUGCCCUCAACGAGAAGGUCUAACACUAGACGUUCCUGUCGGUCUGGAUCACAUGAUGAUGGGUACCUCACCGAGAACUCGUCUCAGGGCUCUGGGGAGCGCGGUGCUAAGAAAACGUACUUGGCGCCCCCCUCCGCGAGCCGCUCGACCGGGCGCCGCUCGCGCUCCGCGGACGCGUCGGCGCGCUCGGCGCUGAAGCCGGCGCCACGUACGGCCGCGCGCCGCCGCUCCAAGUCGGUGUACAAGACGCCCGCGUACAAUAAGAACGCGCUCGUCAACUAUCCCGCCAUCACGCCUAAGGUGACACCACACACGCCGCUGACUGUGCUGCGUCAGCCGCGUCAAGGUGAAAUGGUGGUCUCCAUGUCUGGAUCACCAGUGAUGGUGCCCACAUGUUACACAAUGAAACCAGACGAGAAAGCGAAUUGCAAUAUCCUUCUGCAAGAUGGCACAAUGCUGUCCCUGCAACCGAAGCAGCUGCGACAGUCGCAGGCCUACAUCCCGUUCUCGCUCAUGGACAACAACGUGCUGCUGCAGCUCAAGACCCUGAAGGAGAACCUCGAUAAAGUGGUCAAGCUCGGCGAGAAGGCCAUUAAGUGAUUAAUGGUGAUAAAGUGUUUGUGUUUAGUACCAAUUACUUCAAGUUAAAGUGAAUGGUGAUUUAGUGUGCUACAAGGGAGCUACACUAGGAAUGCUUAAAAAUGUAGGUAUUAUGAUAGAUAAGGUUUUUUUACGAUGACUAUGUAAAGCUCUAUGUAUUUAAUUUGAAUAGAGUUUCUUUAUUAAGUUAUGUUUCCAAUGGAUGGUGAUUCAUAGCAUAUUCCUUUGUUAUCAUUGUUUAGUUUAUACUUAUAAAUGAUUUGCCGUUAAUUGGAGUUAAAUAACACCAAUUGUCAAGUGGUAUGCAUGUUACGGACUUAAAAUUUGAUUUAUAUUGACAUUAUACGAAAAUAAGCUCAUAUUUUUAUAUGGAUAUAAAUAAUUAAUUUAUUAUUUGAUUAUUUUGAUUUUGCACCUGUCUAUAACUUGCAUCCUACAUGUGGCAUAGUAAAUUUUGUAAUAAUAUACAGUAAUGGAUGAUCAAAAUCUGGAGUCAUAAAACACUAUUUCGAUCUCUCCUGGGAAAAAAAAUUCUCAACAUAAUAUGAUGUAUUAGCAUUAUAUUCUAAC